UGGUCGGGCAUCAUAACGGGCAGCUAUAUCUCUGAGGGGGCGUGGCCUCGAAUAUUUCACUGGGUCUGUUUUUAGCAAAGAAACUGUUAGCACCGAGCUACACUGUGUUUAACGUUAUAUUUUAUAGACUAAUCGUUUGUCUUUUAUACCGUGUUGUAUUUGUGUUUGGACGUUAUGACUCGUGUUUGUAUAUCACACGCGUCUUGUUUUAAUCCCCGAAUUUAACGAAAGCAGCAUUUUUAACAGCGGUUUUGUAAACAGCGGCGUCGAUCAAAAGAUAAGCGCGAGACCGCUAUUUUAUCCGGACGCUGAUGUUUCUAGAUUAUUACGUCAUCCGGCGACUGUAGCCAAUGGCCGAGUCGCUGCAGGGUCACGUGACACAGUCAAACUCUUCCCGCUGUUUAUGUGCAGAAUAAUGAUAAAAAAAAUCUGGAUGCGUUUUUAUUUUUAAUGCAAAUUAAAAUUCACACGUUAAAUAAAAAAAUGACUAAGUCUGUUUAUACGUAAAUCUGCUGUAUAACUAGUUUGGUGAGUUAUUUGGAGACGGCGGCUGCUGACCAUGAAGCGAAGCCGUGUUCCCAGCACCAGCGAAGAGUCUGAUAAUGGAAGUAAUUGCACAUCAUGGUCUCAGAUGUCGAACUCCCAUCACAGGAGACGAGACGGGAAGAGACCUUCAGAGGUGUUCAGGACUGAUUUCAUCACAGCAAUGAAGCUUCAUGACUCAUACCAGCUCAAUCCAGAGGAUUAUUACGUGCUUUCGGACCCCUGGAGGCAGGAAUGGGAAAAGGGUGUUCAGGUCCCCGUGAGCCCCGAGUCCAUCCCUGAACCUGUAGUUCGCAUUAUGGCUGAGAAGUUAUCCAGUGUGUUGUUUACACGACCAAAGAAGCUGAUUCGCUCGUGGGGUCCGGAGGCGUCUGUGCUGGGGUACGUGGGUAUCGGGACGCUCUCUGAGGGGACGUGCCGUUAUGACCUAAACGAGGAAGAUGUCGCCUGGCUGGAGGUGGCUAACAGAGAGUUCGUUCAGAUGGGCAUGCAGCUGCUGGACGAGAACACCAUGGAGAGACUCAUGGAGGAGUUUGAGCGCCGUUGCUAUGACAACAUGAACCACGCCAUGGAAACGGAGGAGGGGCUUGGGAUCGAGUAUGACGAGGACGUGGUGUGUGAUGUCUGCCAGUCACCUGACGGAGAGGACGGCAACGAGAUGGUUUUUUGUGACAAGUGCAACAUAUGUGUGCAUCAGGCAUGUUACGGCAUCCUGAAGGUUCCAGAAGGCAGCUGGCUGUGUCGGACCUGCGCGCUGGGCAUCUCACCUAAAUGCCAGCUCUGCCCAAAGAAAGGCGGAGCCAUGAAACCCACCCGCAGUGGCAGCAAGUGGGUCCAUGUGAGCUGUGCACUGUGGAUACCAGAGGUGAGCAUAGGCAACCCAGAGAAGAUGGAGCCCAUAACGAGUGUGUCUCAGAUCCCUAAUAACCGAUGGGCUCUAAUCUGCUGCCUGUGUAAAGAGAAAACUGGAGCUUGCAUACAGUGCUCAGCUAAGAGCUGCCGCGUGGCCUUCCAUGUUACCUGCGGCCUGCAACGUGGCCUGAAAAUGAACACCAUACUUACAGAUGAUGACGAGGUCAAGUUCAAAUCCUACUGCCCCACACACUCGGGUAUGGACUGGCACGAGCAGAGUGGAUUAAUAGAUGCUAAAGGGAUAGCAGGGAGGGCAAAAGGAGCAGAUGGAGCACAGCUCAGCGAAAGAAAGCUCCGUGUGCAGCAGCUGGAGGAUGAGUUUUACAGAUUCGUCAACAUCGACGAGGUCUCCAAACACCUACAUGUGCCACUGGAGAAUGUGGACUUUGUGUUUCAGUACUGGAAGCUGAAACGCAAAUCAAACUUCAACCAGCCGCUCAUUACACCCAAGCGAGAAGAAGAGGAAAGCCUCGCUCGGAGAGAACAGGAAGUGCUGCUUCGCAGGCUUCGUCUCUUCACCCACCUGCGGCAAGACCUGGAGAGGGUGCGGAACCUGACCUACAUGGUGACCCGUCGGGAGAAGAUCAAACGGUCUGUGUGUCGAGUGCAGGAGCAGAUAUUUCAUCACCACGUCCGACUGCUGGAACAAGGAAGGCUCUCUGGCAUAUCUUCCACCAGGCAACUGGAGGAGGCCAUGUUCUACUUCCGGGUCGCACCCUCCACAUCCACUUUCCCCCAACCUCUGAGAGGGCACACGGCUCAGAACAGCGCCACUGAGCACUUACAGAGGAGGAAUGUCCCACGUCACGGACCUUCCAGACGAGGCCAAAACGAAGGGGAGAAAUCCGUUAAAAUGGAUGCCUCCCUGCUGAGUAAACUGUCCAGCUCAGAGGGAGUCCCAAAUGCUGACUGCGGUGCGAAUGAAACCGCAACGAACGAGACCGAGCGGUCUGUAGGAGAGCGGAGGAAAAGGAGGAGGAGCAGGAUUUGGGAGCAGCUACCAGAGAGAAACAGUACAGGUUCAAAGGUCACAGAUGAGACCGCGCGGAACAGUAUAAUGGAUCAUAACGCGAUGUCCGACAGCAAAGCGGCAGAAAUGAAAACUUCUGUCACGGUGCAGAAUGUGUACAAUGGUUCUCUUAGGAGGAUGAAUUCAAGUCAGCAUCAGGGAAAGAUGAUGUCAGAAAAAGCGUCCAAUGUUAAAAACUGGGGAAGUUUCCGCAUUCCAAAACGAAGCGAUAGCAAAGGAGCAGACGGAGAGCAGGAAGUGGAGGGGAGGGACUUUACUCGUUCUCAUUCCAUCAGAUCUCUAGAUUCAAGCCACACCCCUACGUCCCCUCCAAUCAGAACUCGGCUGUGGGCGGGCACGGAGAACCGUGACCUCGGCUCGGAGGCCGAUCACAGCCAAUCGGAGCAGAAGAAGAGAUGCCACACCCAGCGACUUCGGAGUCAUGACCCGGUGACACAGCGGUACUGCUCGGAGGUUCUGCGGCGUGGAGUCCUCGCGUCAUAAAAUGGCACCGUGAAAACUUUGUGAAGUUAUGUGUCAAAUAACUUUUUCUUGUGUAAUCCAAAUAAAAGCAGCGCUUAGAGGAGCCGCAUGUAAGAUUUUCCUUUGCAUUCUGACUUCAUGCAUCGGUUACAGACCUCAAACUUAGUGUUAUUUACAAAUAGUGAAGUAUUUGGUUCCUGAGUGGGUUCUUUAAACAUAAUUCCAGUCCUGGGACAUAAACAAACCAGACAGGUUGAGCAUACAGACACAUUUAUACUCAAAUAGCUUGUUGUUAGGUAAAUUUCUUGCUGUUCCUAAAAUACAGCAGACUUUGCUUCAUAGUAAUCUUACAUGUAGCUCCUUUUAAGCUUCUGUUGCCGGACAGGUAUUUAUUUUUCUAUUUCAUAUCUUUCUCGAUGCUGCUUCUUUUUAUUUCGUACUUCAUUUAGCUGGCUUUCCUAUAUUUUCCUCUCGUCGCCUGCUACGAUGCAUAGUGCACAUGACAAGGUCUCAGAGGCUGAAUGCUAAGCUUGUGAUCAAAGACAAUGAAAUUAGUUUAGCUCAUUAGCUCAUUUUUUUUUUGUUGGAAACCUGUCAGAAACAAAAACAAUCAUGAUUUUUUUCCAGAUCAUGUCAUUAUUAUUUUUUUCUUGAUAUGAAUUGCUUACAGCAGUAGUGUUGAACACUGGUCUGAAUCGAGUGAUGAAACUUGCUGACAUGUACAAUCGUGACUAGCACUUAGUUCAGUAGGUUCCAGUUCAAAGCCUAGGGAAAUCCUGCACGGCACAGAUUUGUGUUUUUUUUUCCCCUACUCCGACAUGCCUGUUAAGCCCUUUAGCUGGUCGAUUCAUGUGCGUAUUGUAGGAAAAUAUGAUAUGCUGAGGCUUUUGGGAUUGUGAACCACUGACUUUGUAACGUAUAUGCAUACACUUUAGUGGUAUUAUGUCAUAGAUAAAUUUAUCCCCUCAUUUAUCCCCUCAUUCCGCUUGUUUUCAACAUGCCCUUGUUGACCGUCUGUCCGUGUGUGUAUCAGACAGAAUACACUCAUCCUAGCAAGCACAAUUUACAUUAUUAGCCAUUUUACUGUCUAUUUGCUUUAAACUAUGCACAUAUUGGCCAAAGUGGCUGGCCUUCUAACCAGCCAACAGAUUAAACCCCAAUCUGAAUGAAGCAAAUAUUUUGAAAUGUAAAGAAUUUUAUUGCUCCUGUGUGUUUUUAAACUACUCCACUCACAAUUUCUCUAAUUUGGAAAUGCAGAGAACGUGCAGUACCUUCUGUAGCUUGUCUUCGUACAGUAUAUCAUCAGUCACACUUUACUUUAGCUCAUAAAAUAUAAGAACAAACAUUUUACAUAAAGGGGGGCAAAAAAAAUCAACGGGUGAAAGUCAACCAGGGCGUGCGGACAAACAUGUUGGAACGUACAGUAGCCUUGGCCCUCCAGUCUGGGCUUAAUUUAGUUGUAAACGCUUAUUUUUUUUUAUACCAGUAAUAAUCUCUGCAUUGUUUUCUGGGGUGGUUUGAACUAAUUCCAGGAUCUACCCCUGAAACUGUAUUUAUGAAUUAAUUUAUUUCGUGUAAUGUUUUUUUUUUUUUUUUUUCUUUUUCUUACUUCCUUUUCCUAUGUAAAGAGACUGUGGCGCUCUGUUUUGUCGUCAUGGCAUCUUUCUCUCCUCAGGUAAUUCUUUAUUUUGUGCACUUCUGUGUUCCCCAGAAUAACAACCAAGCCUGAUUCUUAAAUAAUAAUUAAAUAGUUUUACAGCCGAGAAACGACGCUCGGUGUAAGGGAAUCUACCGGUAGACCUGUUUCAAGAAAACUGACACAAAAGCGUUUUCCUCAGAAAGAAAUUCAAAUGGCUGUCACAUUAAAAUGUGUGUACACCCUGUUCCUUCACAAUAGUAAUAAUAAUAAUAAUGUUUUAUCCCAGCAUCAAGUGUCAUUUUUUGGGGCUUAUGAGCAUUUUGUUUAGAAAUUAUUAGAAAGCACUGUAACUUUAAGAUCAUCUUAUCUGUUUGAGAACAGAUUUUAAAGAUGCUCUCUUUCUUUCUCUCUCUCUCUUUCUCUCUCCCUUCCCCCCUCUCUCUCCCCCUCUCCCGUGAACCCUGUACACUGGUCUGGUGGGAUUGAUCCAUAAUCAUCAUCAGUCGUCCCUGUGUUGUUUUUGUAACUGAAUUUAACAUGUAAUACAACUAAAGAAUGAGAUCGAUCUUCAUUAAAUUCACUUCAGACAUUUUCCCACUUCCUAAAAUUGGUUUAAAAUGUCUACAAAAAGUGUCCUCCUCUUAACAGGGGUUCAUGUUGCACUAAGUUGUAAAGAACGAUUAAGAGAAAGUUAAAAAUUUGUGCCACAAAUGACUGAAAUCAUGACAAUGUAUUUUGGAAGAUUUUCUUAAACCCAAGCUUCACUACUUGUCAGCGUUGCCUUUGGUCAGUACAAAAUUAGAUUUGCACUUGGAUGUUUUCUUUAUGUUUUUUGUUUGUUUGUUUGUGUUUAUGCUAAUUGCGAGCAGACUUCUGAGAGGUCUGUGUUGAUCUUGUGCCUGUGUGGCUUUGGUUAACAUGUUGCACUAGAAUAGAGCAAUGCAGCGCAGCUUGACUAUGUUCUCUAAAAAGUUAUUUUUCACAUACAAAGAGACCUUUUAUAUGAACAUGUGCUGCUGUAUUUUUUUGUUAUGCAUCUAUUUUGUGAAUAAACCCCUUUGAGAUUAAACUAGCAAGUCUUUA